UCGUAAUAUCCGCCUUAACCAAACACCACCUGGCUAAACACGCGGGCAGCAGUUUUGACCUCUGACCGUGUCACGGCGCCCGCGGAAUAUCUACACCGUGGAGAUGGAGGCCUCGCCGCCGCCGCCGAGCUCGCUGCGGCGCAGACUGCGGGCCACGGUGUGCUGCUGCUUCGGCUACGGCGGCCGGGCGCGGUGGGGCGGGCGGGACAGCCGCGGCGUCGGCAGGUACGACCCGCUCAGCUACGCGCUCAACUUCGACGAGGGCCCCGACGACAGCGACGACGACGUCAACUACGACGACUUCAGCGACGGCGGCCUCCUCUACCGUAGCUUCCCUUCGCCGCCGCCGCCGCCUCAGCCGGCCCGGGCGCGGGCGUCGUCGAUACCGGCGCCGCGGCCGGCCGUCGCGGCCGCGUAGAUCUUUUGCUAGCUCGGUCAUAUGAUGUAUUCGCUGUGUCUCCGUUUCAUUUCCAUGUUUGCUGCGUGUAUAUAACUAGCUAAAAGAUGUUGAUCACGUUUCACGUGUGCUAUUGAUCGCGUUUCACCUUUCA